UAUAAUUCCACUUUGCCAGUUCUGCUUCUACAGAAGGGCUCAAAAAGAUGUAGUCAUAGAAACAAAAUGAAUGCACAGCACUCCGAGUACUACUAGAACCAAGCCUUCCUCCUGCUCUCUUCCAACUGGAAGAGAAAAGCUCACCAUUUUCUUGGUUUGUGGGACUGCAAGUCUGGAGAGCCAGAGAGCAGCAUAACUGCAAACUAGCAAACAGUUUUCAUCUACCUGUUGAGGUUACUUAGGUGAAUAACUGGCCUGUUUGGAAGGAAGUUUUAAGUUGCUUUCGAUGAAGCGUAGGCUCAUCUUCAGACCUUCUUCAUUUCUGGCAAUUUAGAGUACUAGUAGGCUCCUUAACAGAAGCCUUAUCCUCCCUCCUGCAGGAAGUUCAUCCGAUUAUCGGCAUUACAGAAUUACUAGUGAUUCCAUUGAAAACACAAACCUUAAUAGCUGCUGGAUGUGAUCGUUAGGUGGAAUCAGAAUUCAGCUCAGAUUGGACCUUCUCAGCCAACCUUUAUUAAGCAAACCCUAUGUUUAUUAAUCAACAUAGCCUCCCAUCAUAAAAAAAUGAAAAGACAGAAGCCUGAAUUUAGAGUUGAGAUUACUUGAAUUGAAUCCCAUUUCCAUUUACGGAAAAACAGAAAAUCACUCUGUGAGAUAAUGACGGGAAGCUGCAGGGUUUUUUUGGUUUGUUUUGUUUUUUAAAUGCUAGAUCUUCCUUUACAGGAUUCUACACUUGAUAUCAUGCAGUUUCACUCCUGAUGCUUAAGAUCAGUUAGAAGCUCCAAUGGUGGAUAUAAGGGCAAGCUGCUGAUCAAGAGAAGUCUUCAGUGGCUCUGGACACGGAUCUGAUUUUUGAACCUUUAGGAAAUGCAUUUACCACGGAGAAGACGGCUACAACGGAACCGAAUCUUUUUCUUCCUUGCCAUAGUGUCCCUCCUCUCUGUCUAUCAGCUCCAAUUCAGUCCCUCUGCCAUUCCAGCACUUCUCACUGCACACCAACACGAGGACCCUGUGAAAGUGACCUCCAGGGAGCCUUCCCGCAACAAGACUUCCAAAACCGGCAAUGUCACAGCAGCACCCAAAAUAAGGCACUGUGUGUAUAUUGAUCCUGAGCCAACCGUGCCCAUCACUGCAGCAGAGGACACAACACAGCGAGAAAAUGUCAGUGAAAGCUACCCAGAUGAAAAGCCGGUGUAUGAAUCCAAAGGAGAAUAUCCCCAGGACCUAUUCAGUGUGGAAGAACGGAGGCAAGGGUGGGUUGUACUUCACAUCUUUGGCAUGAUGUAUGUAUUUGUUGCCUUGGCCAUAGUGUGUGAUGAGUAUUUUGUCCCUGCUUUGGGAGUGAUCACAGAGAAGUUGCAGAUCUCUGAAGACGUGGCUGGAGCCACCUUCAUGGCAGCAGGUGGAUCCGCACCAGAACUCUUCACCUCCCUCAUAGGUGUCUUCAUCUCACACAGCAAUGUGGGCAUCGGUACCAUUGUGGGCUCAGCAGUGUUUAAUAUCCUCUUUGUCAUUGGCACCUGUGCCCUCUUCUCAAGGGAGAUACUACACCUGACAUGGUGGCCUUUAUUUAGAGACAUCUCAUUCUACAUUGUAGACUUACUGAUGCUCAUCCUGUUUUUCCUAGACAGUGUCAUUGAUUGGUGGGAAAGCCUCCUUUUACUGACUGCCUAUGCCACAUACGUGUUCACUAUGAAACACAACGUGUCUCUAGAACAAUGGGUGAAGGAGGAGCUGAACAAGAAGCUAAAUGCUGUGCAGGCAGCAUCAGCAGAGCAUAUGCGAAAGAAAAGCAGUGCUGCAGUUGCAGAGGAUGGAACAAUGCCAGCAGAUGGGAAGAAGCUGCAGCCAACAACAGCCUUACAGCGAGGCAGCAGCUCAGCCUCCCUGCACAACUCUCAAAUGCGCAGCACCAUCUUUCAACUCAUGAUCCACACGCUGGACCCCCUGGCAGGAGCAAAAUUUAAAGACAGGGUUGAUAUCCUGAGCAAUAUAGCCAAGGUCAAGGCUGACUCUCAGGCUGGGCAAGGAACAAAACCAGAAGCAGAAGAGAAGCAGGAACCACAGAAGACCAUCCAGGUAACUCCUGCCAGUGACUCUGAACCCAGCAAAGACAAACAGAAGGAGAACACACCACAGGAUGGGCAGCCCCCUUCAGACAGUGAUAACUCAGAAGACAGCAGCUCUGACAGUGAGGAUGACAGCGACGAUGACAGCACAGAUGAUGAAGAAAACGAUGAACCAUUAUCUCUUGAAUGGCCAGAAACCAGGAAAAAACAAGCAAUUUACCUCUUCCUCUUUCCCAUUGUCUUCCCUCUGUGGAGCACUAUACCCGAUGUCAGAAACCCAGAUUCAAAAAAAUUCUUUGUCAUCACAUUUUUCGGAUCCAUCAUUUGGAUUGCAGCAUUCUCUUACCUCAUGGUGUGGUGGGCUCAUCAGGUUGGUGAAACAAUUGGGAUAUCAGAGGAAAUUAUGGGGUUAACCAUACUGGCAGCAGGAACAUCGAUCCCUGACCUUAUCACCAGUGUCAUUGUUGCACGGAAAGGCUUAGGUGACAUGGCUGUUUCCAGUUCUGUAGGCAGCAAUAUCUUCGAUAUCACUGUUGGUUUGCCAGUUCCUUGGUUUCUUUAUUCAGUCUUCAACGGAUUCAGUCCUGUUGCAGUCAGUAGUAAUGGUUUGUUUUGUGCUAUUGUUCUGCUUUUUCUCAUGCUUCUAUUUGUUAUCAUCUCAAUUGCUUUAUGUAAAUGGAAAAUGAACAAAAUACUAGGGCUCACUAUGUUUGCUCUCUACUUCGUAUUUUUGAUCAUCAGUGUGAUGUUAGAAGACAGGAUAAUAUCUUGCCCAGUAUCUGUGUGACAUCUGGGCACUCCAACGUGUGUGAAGGCAUACAUCUAAAAAUCAAAAGCAGUUCAAGGUAGCUGUUGUUCUGAUCAAAGCAACCCAAGUUAUAUUCAACUUCCUGAGAUUAAAGUGUCUUUGACACACUUAAAAAAAAAUAAAAUAAUCUCAAGUGGUUUGUCUGCUUCUACUGUUGCUGUUUUUCCUUAGGAAAAGAAAAAGACCAGGCAAAGAAGGGACCAGUACCAAAGACUGUGCACCUUUAGGCAUUCCUGUAAUGGUAUGGUACAGAUACAUUAGGUGAUCUUAUGUUAAUGGAACUGAUUUUAAGCAUAGAGCCUUUAUACACAUUUUAGUAAUAUUUUCAAGAUCACACAUUUAUGCAAUCAAUUGCUCAAACUCACUGAAAUCAAUGAUCUUCAGUUGGUGGGAACAGAAUCACACCUUCAUGGCUUGCCCUUACAGAACUGUUCUGCUCCAAAGCCCUGUAUGGACACAUUCUCCAUCUCAGAAGCGAAUUCCCUCAAAUUGAAUAAAAGCAGUAAGUGCUCCAGAACACAACAGUUCCUGAAGUUUGUGCUAUAGCUAUAUUGUCAUUACUUCCUUCUGCAGAGGUCAUUUUCAUCCUUUCAGUGAAAGCCACUAUAAAACAUCUGAUAAAGCAACUGAUACUCUACACAUACAUCCAAGACAGUGAAUACAAAACAU